UUGAUUUUUGGCGUUUCGAGAAAUAAAAAGCGGCUUGUUCUGUAAAAUUUGGCCGAUUUCGAUUCGCGUUUGAUUGCACAUUCCAAUUUGUAAGAUUUUUUAAGAAAAAAUAGGUCAAAAAGUUUAGUAAAGGUGCGAUUGCUACGCGCAUCAAACGAUUUUGUAAUAAAAAGGUAAAAAAAGCUAGAAGAAUAACUUAUUCAGAUUGCAUGGACACAUUUUUUGGCUGACGAAAUGGAGAAUAUUAAGACAAAUUUUGAUAAAAUAAUGGAAAAAUUCAAUGAUAGUAUAACGCAUUCAGCACCAAAAAAACUCAGCUUUGAUUACUUGAACGAUUCAUUCAAUGAUUCUGGUACUUUACCGAAAAAACGUCGCCACGAUAAUUCGCAUCUCAGUUGUGAUAACGAUAGCAAUACCUCUGCAAGCAGUGUCCCACCUAGUCCUUGGGAAACCCGUCGAAUUAAGGCGGACUUGAUUGAAGCCAAGUCUCGGAUUUCUAAGCUAAAACUGGAGAUUGACCGCCAACACAAGUUGCGUGCGGAGAUAGAAACUCUCUACGAAAGCAAAGUAACUGAGUUGAAAAAACAGUGUGAGUUUUCCGCUAGUAAGGUGCAGGACGUAGAAAAGCAUUUGCAAGUUGUCCGAAAGCGUGAACAGGGCGCCAAGCAAGAGCUUCUACGUACCCAACGGGAACUCACACAACAAAAACAUCGCUACGAAGAAGAACUACAUAAACUGCAGCGCGAAAAGUUAGAAAUCGAAGAUCAUUCGCGCCAAAUGCAGAACAGCAUGGAGAAUGAGUUAAGUGAAUACCGACGGCACACUGAUAAAUUAGAAAUGGAACUUGAUUUGGUAACUGAUGAAAUGGCAAAUCUAAAAGGCUUACUUGAUGAGUAUAAAUCGCAUGCAGAUGCCUACGAGUCACUUAAAAUGGAGCAUGAGAAGGACCAGCAAGAAUUAGAAACCGCCCAUUCACGCAUUAAAGAACUGGAGUACCAAAUAGCAUCAUAUGAAGAUUGGAAGGAAAUUACUAAGAAAUCACAAACGCGUUUACUCAGCAUUCCAGAUAUGGAUAAGGAACUUGAGCGUUUACGCACAAAUAACAAAAACUUGCAGGAAUUAUUGGGCAACAAGUUGCUACUGGAAGAACAGGUUCAUGAUUUAAAAAAACGUUUGGCGCGUGAGGAAGGUGGUCGUAAUGAAGCGGUAGCCCUGCAAGUAAAACUUACUCAUAUGGAACAAGAACUAAAGGAAUGGGUGAAGGUAGCACAGGAUCAUUGUUUACCUAACAUGUUGGUCAGUCCGAUGGCUCUGCGUUCUCGUAUAGAGCAGUUGCUACAAAAUGAUAUAAUAAUGCUGAGUGAAAAACGAAGCACACAGUCCGAGACAAAGUCCGUCAAGUCGGAGUUGCUGGAUUACAAACAGAAAUGCGAAAUUUAUGUUAAAAACAUUGAGGAACUUAACGUUGCUCUAAAAAGGCAUAAGAACUUCAAGGAACGCGUGCAACGCAAACUAUUUUUAGUUUCUAAGGAACGUGACUGUUACAAGCAGCUGUUGGAGAACUUUGAAAAGGAUCUUACCUUCUCCUAUGCUAAUGCCGGUGCUGAUGGCAAUAAUGGUGAUGUGCAAUUACGCUCACGCCUGGACAUGCUGGAGAAGACCCUUGUGGGCUAUAAAGAUAUGUGCAGUAAUUUGGAGAAGGAAUUGACGAACGCCAAGCAAUUGCCCGUCGCAGAUCAAUCAAUAGAAAAUGUCAUAAGUACAGAAGUCUAUGAGCAUACAAAGAAAGAGUUGGAUGCCAUAAGACUUGAAAAUGAGCGAUUGCGGCGACGUAAAGAAGAGCUAGAACUUGAGCUGGAGCAUCGAUGCUUAAAAGGUGACUUCAACGUGGGCAAAUAUAAAGUUGUGCAUUUGGCGAAAAAUCCUGCAGCUGAAGCUUAUGAAAACUCUCAAAAUUUGAUUGAGAAAUUGCAAGCUGAGAUUGAACGACUAAAGCGCCGCAAUAAAAAGUUGGAGGAGGACAACGAAGUUACACAAGCACGUCUAAAUGAAACGACCAACAUGACCAUAAACAUAAAAGAAAUGAAUCAAUUGCGCGCAGAACUUGAGUCAGCCAACUCUAAAAUGAAAAAAAUGAAAGAGUGCUACAAGUCAGCUAGUAUGGAAUUUCGGGAAGUCUGUUAUUUGCUUUUUGGCUAUAGGAUCGAUCGGUUGGGGCUGAAUACCAACUAUAAGCUGUCCAGUAUGUAUGCGGAGAGUCCUGAUGACUAUUUAAAUUUCCGUUUGAAUGAAACAAAUCAUGCAAUAGACAUGCUUGAAACACCAUAUUCGGCAACACUCAAACAGUUAAUAGAAACCCAAUUGGUUGGAAAUAAAUCUUUACCGGCGUUUUUGAGCUCUUUGACACUUGAGCUUUUCCAGCGUUCUACAGUAACCAUGUCCUAAGCGCAAUAUGGGGUUACGAUAUGUUCUUGCUAUUUGAAUGAAAUUCGUUUGCUUGCCUAACAACUAGCAUAACUGAUUCAAAAUAAAUUCGAGUUGGUAAGGCGUUCACAUACUUAGACAUUUGGAAGGUCCAGAGCACCAAAUAGAUUUAUACCCGGUUUUCUAUAUUAUUUUUGCUAUGUAAUGCAUUAUUUUAUAAGUACGUAUUUCAUAAUAAUAAUUUGUUUGGCUAAUGCCGAGCUAGCUUAGAUGUGUGCAAUCAUGAUUUUUCAUCUUGAUACUGAAUAGACGUUCAAGUAUACAUAUAAGGCUUUUAAAAAAUAUGGAUUCAUUGAAUUAAGUCAAGAAUUAAAUCUUGCGUGUUUAAGUAUAUGUGCUUUAACCCGAACACUUCAAAAUUAAAUAUUCCCAUAAUCAGCUCUAAUCUUCCAAACCAAGACGGAAUUGCCUAGUGAAGGAUGGUCCCAUUCUUCAGAAAUUCACGCGGAACAUUUUUGGCACGUAUCACCACAAUGAAAAUGUGAUUUAUUUAA